AUGGUUUCCAGCGACUGCCGGAACUUGGUGCAAGCACUUGCAAGUUUUCGGGAUGUGAGGACAGUAAAGCCACGGGAACCAAACAUCGACAGUGACGACGUGCCGGCGAUACUUUACAUUACAGGUCAGCAGCCGCAGACGUCAAACACCUCGUCUCUGCAAUUUCCACAGGGCCUCGAUGGCAUCGUAGCCGGCGAGCCAUUCGAGCACCUGUCGGAAGAGUUUCAGAAGUUGCUAGAUCAGCUGGUGCAACAGCACAUGCGGGAGGUUUCACGGGCGGAGCUCGAGGUAGAGGCUCUGCGCCGUGAGGCAGUCGAGAGGUCCCAGAAGGCACCCUAUGACCACUGCGAGGUCGGAUCCGCAGUGACAGUGCGAACCAUCGGCUCCAAGGGCUCUAACAGGGGCUCUCCUGUGCUGCAACCGGGGGGGUCCAAGGGAAAGCGGCGUACAUCGCAAGGGGGCCAUGGCCCCAGUCUGCACGCCAGCGAACUGCUGGGAGUCUGGGAUGCGAAGCAGGAAGAUGACACGGACCUUGAGAAGUUCUUCAAAGGCAAGUCGAAGUCCGACGUGUCCAGCAAGCUGCUGCGGAGUGAAAGUGAUUCGGAAGAGUCCAAGUCCGAAUCGGUUUUGGCCGCCGAAUACCAGAGGAAGUCGAUCAUCGAGAAGAUGCGUGAGUGGCUUCAGUCAAACAAAUACGAGAUGAUCAUGGCAGGCAUCCUACUGCUCAACGUCUUGUGGAUGGCCUUCGAACUUCAGGUGCAUGGCUCGAAGUCUGGGUUUCUCAUCGGCGUCUCCGAUGCGCCCAUGGUCCCCGCUGAGGCGAUGCCGGCAUGGGAUCAAGUCUUCCUCAUUGGGGACAUGACCUUCGCGGCUGUUUUCGCCCUCGACGUUUGCGUCCGCAUCCUGAUCCUGCGCUUGAAGUUUUGGACGGUCUGGAUGAACUACAUCGAUGUCGCUGUGAGUGCUACGUCACUCAUCGAAAUCAGCUUUUCCCAUUUGCUUCGGCUGCCUGUUAGUCCGGUCUUAUUCCGGCUCUUGCGCAUCGGAAAGUUGGCACGAGCCAUCCGGAUGGUCACUAUGAGCAAUGUCCUGGCUUCGCUGCAGCUGCUUAUCAAGUGCCUCGGCGCCUCCAUGAAUAUGCUCUUUUGGAGCUUCUGCUUGCUGACCUUCGUCCAAUGCGUCUUCGGCAUGAUCGUGAGUACCCUGUGCCGCGACUUCAUCGUGGAUGAAACCUACGACCACGUGUUUAGGUCUUCUGUUUAUCGUUACUACGGCACCUUCACGCGCACGUUUCUCACCAUGUUUGAGAUCUUGUUCGCAAAUUGGAGUCCACCUGCGCGAGUGCUCGUGGAGAACUUCAGCGAGUGGUUUUCGAUUUUCUUUCUCAUCUACAGGUGCGUUCUGGGGUUCGCCGUGCUGAAUGUCGUCAAUGCGGUUUUCGUGCAGCAGACGAUGAAGACGGCCAGCUCAGAUGAAGAUCUUGCUUUCAAGCAGAAGGAGAAAGAUGUGGCCAUGUAUACUCGCAAAGUCAAGAAGCUCUUCCAGACGAUCGAUGUCUCGGGAGAUGGCACUAUCAACAUCGAAGAGUUUGCCAAGCUGGUUCAGUCACCGAAGAUGAAGUUCUGGAUGAGUCAAUUGGAGCUGGAGUACCACGACUUGCUCAGCCUUUUUGAAUUUCUGGACAACGGUGAUGGAGAGAUUACUCUGAUGGAGUUUAUUGAAGGAGCGUCACGCCUGCGUGGCGGCGCGAAAGCCUUGGAUGUGUGGCGAUUGGAGACGAAGUUGGAGGUGCUGUUCGAGGAGGUGCUUGGUUCCAUCCGAGUGGGCUCCCCUAGCUUCAUGAUCAACGGCGAUGGCGAGGAUCAGCCCCAGGUCGUAAACACUGUCUCCAACAACGUGCAGCAGGCCUUUGAGAAGUCUAAGUUUCGGCAUAUCAGGAGUACAGCACAAGGCCGCCUGAACAGCGAGAAGUCCUUGGCGGCGGAUUAA